AUGAGUUCCCAUGUGUGUGAAGCAUUUAAAUUUGUUGAUCAAAUUUUGCCUGAUAAUUAUUCUUUCGAUAAAACUAAUGUAUCUACUGCUAUACAAACUUAUUGUAAAAAGAACCCGAGAACAAGGAAAAGAGAAUGUUUCACUAUCGGUGAUGUAGUUAGCGCUGUUACUAUAUUAUUACUUCAUAAAUUAUUCGUUGCGAAUAAAAAUAUAGGAUCUGAAAAUAAAAAUAACGAAUAUAUCACGUAUGUUAUGCUAUGGUUAAGUAAUAAAAUGAAACUAAUUAAAAAAGGGAGGUACGGAAGCGUGGCAGAUUUUUAUGUCACGUUUAUAAAAAAUAGUAACAACUAUAUAUUAUAUCAUGAUAAAAUCUAUAAAAACAGAAAAAUGAUGUAUCUUAAUAUUGAUAGAAUGCGUAGACUUUAUGGGUUACUUAUUAAGCUGUGUAAUGCAAUUACUAAACAUAAAAAAGAUCCUUCAAAUUGCUCCAAUUUUUCAGAUUUUGUUAACGAUUGGAUAAAACAAUACAUAGACCUUAUUUUUAAAAAAAAAAGAGUUUUUGAAGAUGAACAUUAUUGUGAUGUAUUGGUGACUUUAAAAAAUGCUUAUGAAAAUUUUAAAAAAGAUAAUGAUACCAAAAAUUCUUUUCCAGAAAUUAUAGAGAUAGAAGGAAUAAAAACUUGUAAGCAAUUAGGUCAAGAAGCAACAACUUCAUCGAAAGUUAUAGAUGUGAAAUCCAUAGAAAGAGUGAAGGGAAAAAAGGAUUUAGAGGAAGACAAAGAUACCUCGAGAUAUAUAGAUGUUAUUAAAAGGGGAUUUGAAACGUGUAGUUCAAAUUUUAGUAUUAUGUUUACUAAUAAUGUCAAAGAAUUAUAUAAUAAGGCGUUGCCACCACUAACAGAUUUUUACGAAAAAAUUAUAAAUUUUGGUGAUAAAACUAUUAAUUAUAUGAAUGAUCAACUUAAAAAAGUAAUAGAAAUUUAUGCACCAAAUAAUUGUAUAUCUGAGGAGAAUCCCCAAAGAGAUAAACCAUCAUCAUCUCAAGAAACUCCAUCUGAAAAUGGAGGUUCUGAUCAAAAGGGUUGCGAAGCAUCUCAAAUAUCAUUGACACAUCCAGUGAUGAAACAAGAAACUCCAGUAUCCGAAGUAACAGGAGAUGGAACAACAGAAAUAGGUGAUAAUCCACUCAACGUAUACAAGAAAAUGGGAAUUUCAAUUCUAAUUCUUUUAAUACCCAUUGCUUUAGCUAUUAUGUACAAGUAUUUGCCAUUUGGAUGGAGAAAGAAAUCGAAGAAAAAAAAAAACAUGAAAAAGGCUAUAAAUAUGUUUGAUACAAAUGAAACGACAGAAAGUGAUAUAAACCCAACUGAUCGAAAAAAACAAAUGCAAAUAAUUAUAAAUUUAUCUACUCCAAAAAAACAGGAUAAAAAGCUUACCAAUUCGUCUAUUCAAAAAAAACAGGAUAAACAAUUUAUAAAUUCAUCUACUCCAAAAAAACAGGAUAAAAAGCUUACCAAUUUAUCUACUCCAAAAAAACAAGAUAAAAAGUUUAUAGAUUCAUCUACUCAAAAAAAACAGAGUAAAAAGUUUAUAGAUUCCAUUUAUUGGGGAAAAUAUCCAUUAUUAAAUAUAUAUAAACUUAUGAAGGCCGAUCCUGUACCAUUUAUUAUUUUAUUUUUGUUGUUUAUUUUUUAUGUUUAUAAAAGAAAAGGUGAUUCUUUAGAAUAA